AUGAGCAAAUCAGGAGUUGCUGUCGCGCCAGAAUGCAUUACCGCCUUCGACGACCUUAAACUCAGCAAGAAGAUCAAAUACAUCAUUUUCAAGAUCAGCGAUGACUACAAAGAAAUCGUGGUCGAGGAUACCUCCUCAGAAGCUGACUGGGACAAAUUUCAGGAGAAGCUGCUGAAUGCGAAGAGCUCUCAUAGAGGCAAGGAGGGAAAAGGUCCGAGAUACGCUAUCUAUGAUCUCCAGUAUGAGCUUGAGGGUGGGGAGGGCACAAGAAACAAGAUUGUCUUCAUUUCGUGGUCUCCAGAUGAGGGCGCCCUGGUGAUGCCCAAGAUGACAUACGCAUCUUCAAAAGAAUCGCUCAAGAACGCCCUUACUGGCAUUGCCGUCGAAAUCCAAGCCAACAGAGAUGACGAGAUCGAGUAUGCAACGGUCCUGAAAGACGUGCAGAAGGGCAAGCGCUAG